AAGAUGGUGGAAGUUUGUUCUUCCCCGAAGUGAAGCUGAACAUCCUGCAGACAAACCGGGGACUGGACUCACCUUCAGCGGCUACACUCUGCCCCAACAGCUGCCUCCAGACCCGGGCCUUCCCCCCAGCCCUAUGUCAUGGCAAGUGGAGUCACCAAGCCAGGCACUACCAACGGGUUCCCUGCUGUCUUAUUCACACCUAUGAAGGCACAGCUACAAAUCAUUGUGCUGUCAGCAAAACUGAAAGAGAACAAGAAGAACUGGUUUGGUCCCAGUCCUUAUGUGGAAGUGACAGUCGACGGCCAGUCCAAGAAAACCGAGAAAUGCAACAACACCCACAGCCCCAAAUGGAAGCAGCCGCUCACUGUGAUUGUGACUCCAUUCAGCAAACUGGUGUUCCGUGUGUGGAGCCACCAGACCCUGAAGUCAGACGUGUUGCUAGGCAUCGCCACGCUGGACGUCAGUGACACGCUCAAGUCCAACGACAUGAAGAUCUCUGAGGUGGUGCAGACCUUACAGCUGUGUGCCGACAGAGACCAGUCUGAUGUGGUGGGAGAUCUUUCUGUCUGCCUGGACGGCAUGACUGUCGACCCGGAGAUGUUCACCAAAGCCGAGGCUGACCAUCAGAGUACAUCAAACGGGGAAUCACAACCCAACGGGGAUCACGCCAUAAGAAGGAGUCGAGACAGCUCCCCAGCUGUGGACGAUGUGGACCACAGGUCGUCUCCCAGUGGAAGGAGGUCAGCCAACAGCACGGGGUCUCCCUCUGUGUCAUCAGGGGGCUCGAGGCCUCUCCGACCACCCCGACCCUCCAGACCUCCUCCUCCGACCCCACGCAGACCCACCUCUUCACCAGCAUCUUCCAGUAACGGCUCUGCUCCCGCUGAAGGCAGCGACGGUCAGUCAGGUUCUAAUACGCCUGUACGAACACCGGCCUCAGGAUCCACUUCAGCCCCAGAAUCAAGUCCUUCAGCAGGCUCAGACAGGAACUCCACGCCGGCCUCCAGCUCUGGAGCUGCAGCAACCAGACAGCCGACCAGCAGCAGCAUCACUCCUGCUGUCACUCCGAGGGUCCCGGCUGUCAACGCGGUGCCGCUGCCCCCCGGGUGGGAGCAGAGGGUGGAUCAGAAUGGCAGGCUGUAUUUUGUUGAUCAUGUGGAGAAGAGAACAACGUGGGAACGGCCUGAACCGCUGCCCCCUGGCUGGGAGCGCCGCGUGGACCAGAUGGGGCGGGUCUACUUCGUGGACCACAUGACGCGGACCACCACGUGGCAGCGCCCCACGGUGGAGACGGUGCGUAACUACGAGCAGUGGCAGCACCAGAGGAACCAGCUGCAGGGCGCCAUGCAGCAGUUCAACCAGAGGUUCAUCUUCGGGGCACAAGACCAGACUGCAGCUCCUCAGAAUAAAGAGUACGAUCCUCUCGGGCCUCUGCCACACGGAUGGGAGAAGAGAACAGACACGAACGGUAGAGUUUAUUUUGUACAUCACCCAACACGCUGCACCCAGUGGGAGGACCCACGGACACAGGGGUUGCUGAAUGAGAAGCCCCUUCCUGAGGGCUGGGAGAUGAGGUUCACUGUAGACGGUAUUCCUUACUUCGUAGACCACAACAGGAGAACGACCACCUACAUUGACCCACGCACUGGAAAAUCCUCACUUGAAAAUGGACCUCAGAUCACUUAUGUUCGAGACUUCAAAGCCAAAGUCCAGUACUUCAGAUUCUGGUGCCAGCAACUGUCGAUGCCUCAGCACAUCAAGAUCACCGUGACCAGAAAAACUCUGUUUGAGGACUCCUUCCAGCAGAUCAUGAGCUUCAACGCCCAGGACCUGAGAAGAAGACUCUGGAUCAUCUUCCCUGGAGAAGAAGGCCUCGACUACGGAGGCGUCGCCCGGGAGUGGUUCUUCCUGUUGUCCCAUGAGGUUCUCAACCCCAUGUACUGCCUGUUUGAAUAUGCCGGUAAAGAUAACUAUUGUCUCCAGAUCAACCCGGCCUCCGACAUCAACCCCGACCACCUCAAGUACUUCAAGUUCAUAGGACGCUUCAUCGCCAUGGCUCUUUUCCACGGAAAGUUCAUCGACACUGGUUUCUCUCUGCCGUUUUACAAACGAAUCCUGAACAAGCCUCUGGCUCUCAAAGACCUGGAGUCAAUAGAUCCAGAGUUCUACAACUCCCUCAUCUGGAUCAAGGAUAACAACAUUGAGGAGUGUGGUCUGGAGAUGUUCUUCUCUGUGGACAAAGAGAUCCUGGGGGAGAUCUCCACCCACGAGCUGAAACCAGGAGGAGGAGACCUGCAGGUGACCGAGGAGAACAAGGAGGAGUACAUCAGGCUGGUAGCAGAGUGGAGGAUGUCCCGAGGAGUGGAGGAACAGACUCAGGCGUUCUUUGAAGGCUUUAACGAGGUUCUCCCUCAGCAGUACCUGCAGUACUUUGACGCCAAAGAGCUCGAGGUGAUGCUGUGUGGUAUGCAGGAGAUCGACCUGGCAGACUGGCAGAGAAACUCCAUCUACAGACACUACGCUAGGAGCAGCAAACAGAUCGUCUGGUUCUGGCAGUUAAUAAAGGAGAUGGACAACGAGAAGCGGAUGAGGCUGCUGCAGUUUGUCACUGGAACCUGUCGCCUGCCUGUCGGAGGCUUCGCUGACCUCAUGGGAAGCAACGGUCCCCAGAAGUUCUGCAUAGAGAAGGUGGGAAAAGAAAACUGGCUUCCCAGAAGUCACACAUGCUUCAACAGACUGGACCUGCCGCCCUACAAGAGCUACGAGCAGCUGAAGGAGAAGCUGAUGUUCGCCAUCGAGGAGACGGAAGGCUUCGGACAGGAGUGAGAGAAAACCAGCAGAAGGUUGAAGAAAAAUAAAGACCACCAGUGUUCAAAUCAGGGAGCCCCUUCAGAAGAAAGCGGGUGUUUCAUGUGUUUCUGCUCAUGCAUGCAUGCACACGCCUGUACGAUACUUCUAUGGGUGUGUGUGUGAGACUGUCGCCCUGCAUGUUCUCUGCAAAAGAAGCUGGGAUUUUGCAUCUAGCACAUCACCGCAGGCCUCUCCAUGCUUGAUUGGUACGUGAAAAAAAUGUUUAUUCUUUGAAACCAAAACACAGAAGCUGCUCCGCUAAUGUCAGAGUGUGCAGCAAAUUAUGCAUGGGACCCUGAAAACUCACCCUCCAUGACGUCUGUUCAAUGGGAAUGCAGCAGUUUUUCCUCAUCAGUCUCAUCAAGGUGACUACCUGAUCUCUUCUCAUUAAGUUGCUCUGCAUUAUACUGCCUUAAAAAGUCUAACUGCAGUAACUACAUUUAUGGUGCAAA